AAGCGGUUUGAAGAUGGAUGGAUGGAUUGAUGUAUAACGGUGUUUUAAAGCGAGUGGAAUGGUGCUACCUCUUUUUUAACUGUAGCAUUAACGUCAUUCCCCGCGUUACUGUUCCCACGACAACAGCGCCCCCUGUUUCCCGCGAGGGGAACCUAACCGGCCAGCACCACCUAAUCAGUUUGAAGAUGGCGGAGGGUGAAUUGAACGUGGACAGCCUCAUCUCUCGGCUCCUGGAAGUACGGGGAUGUCGCCCGGGGAAGAUCGUGCAGAUGACCGAGGCAGAGGUUCGCGGCCUCUGCAUUAAAUCCAGGGAGAUCUUCCUCAGCCAGCCCAUCCUGCUGGAGCUGGAGGCGCCCCUGAAGAUCUGUGGUGACAUCCACGGCCAAUACACAGAUCUCCUGAGGCUGUUUGAGUAUGGCGGUUUCCCUCCAGAGGCCAACUACCUGUUCCUGGGCGACUACGUGGACCGAGGGAAACAGUCCCUGGAAACCAUCUGCCUUCUGCUGGCCUACAAAAUCAAAUACCCAGAGAACUUUUUCCUGCUCAGGGGCAACCACGAGUGUGCAUCCAUCAACCGCAUCUACGGCUUCUACGAUGAGUGCAAGCGCAGGUUCAACAUUAAGUUGUGGAAGACCUUCACUGACUGCUUCAACUGCCUCCCCAUUGCUGCUAUCAUUGAUGAGAAGAUCUUCUGCUGCCAUGGAGGGCUAUCGCCUGAUUUGCAGUCGAUGGAGCAGAUUCGAAGGAUCAUGAGGCCAACGGACGUGCCAGACACAGGCCUGCUGUGUGACCUUUUGUGGUCCGACCCAGAUAAGGAUGUCCAAGGUUGGGGAGAGAACGACCGCGGGGUCUCCUUCACCUUCGGAGCAGAUGUGGUCAGCAAGUUCCUAAACCGCCACGACCUGGACCUCAUCUGCAGAGCCCACCAAGUUGUGGAGGAUGGCUAUGAGUUCUUUGCCAAACGCCAACUGGUCACACUUUUCUCCGCUCCAAACUACUGCGGGGAGUUUGACAACGCCGGCGGCAUGAUGAGCGUUGAUGAAUCCCUCAUGUGCUCCUUCCAGAUCCUGAAGCCUUCAGAGAAGAAGGCCAAGUACCAGUACGGUGGUGUGAAUUCUGGUCGGCCUGUCACCCCGCCCCGUACCACCCAAGCCCCCAAGAAGAGGUGAACGUGCAGCCUUGCGCCCCCAUCCCUUCUCGCCCCCACCUCUGCGGCCCCUCCCCCUGUUCAUUCCUGUUCUGCGACCGCGGCAACCCCUGUAACUCCCUUGUAUAGCGAAGAUACAGGGCUUAUCUAAUUGCCCAAAUCGUUCUACCCCCUUUCUCCCAACUUACCCACCGCAUCCACAAUUCCACUGACAGCUCUUUUCUUAAUGUGUAUGUGUACAUAAAUUUGCCGUGACCAAUCUGUUUUACUGUUUGCUUGUGUGUCGGUGUUUUUCUAAUAUCAUUAAUAGAUUCUCUAAUAGAUUCCAACUGCUAUUGGAGGUUUUCUGAGGAUCUGUGUCAUGUUGGUUUAGAGGGGCAAAGUGACUGAGUGAGAGGAAUUGUUUUUCAGUUUAACAGAUUGAACGUUCUUUUGCUUUGACCUCUCAAAAAAGCAGAACGAAUCCUCCCAAUUUAUUUGAAUGAUACGGAGAUAUCCGUGCUAUAUCUGUUGACACAAAUAAGAUUUCUUAUAUCCGGGUUUAACAGUUCAAACACAUUACAGCAUAUGUGGUGCACUUGCGGUGGUUGUGCAGGGACACAUUUGAUGUAUUUACACCCCGAAAAAAUUGCACCUCCCCAAUGAGAAGCAAAGAAUGUGAAGAGACCGGCUUGAAUGAAGCAUAGAGGAUAAUUCGGAUGCUGCUGGCAGUGGACUCUCCCCGAAACUUAACGCCCACUAGGCAUUGAUUCCUCCGCUCUGUUAUGCCUCCCUGUGCCUCAACAUCACAAAAGCGUGCCGCUCCCCACAGAGCUGGUAUUGACAUUUUCCAGGUUAAAUUCAUCAUUAGUUCUCAGCAAGAUCAUUUCCCCAGUAUUAUCCUCUGGAUAUAUGGUGUACUUAAAGUCCUUAAGAAAUUGUCCUUUCCUAGUGUUUGUAUGAAGAAGGAUACAAAGUAUCUAACAGCACUGCUUAAAUUUAGUAGUGUUUAACGUAUCUAAGUAGGCCGUACAGUGUAAAAACAACCAAAUAUUCCAAAAAUCUAGCUUGACAUAAUGCUCCACAGUAUUUGAAUUGUUUAGUGCUGUGAUUAUAGAGUACAUAAUAAAAGGUUUCUUUUGGAAGCCGUGAAGUAAAAUGAAUGGUAUCUUCCUGUCUCAUCACCCAAAUCCCUUCUGGAGAAUGGAAACUGGAGGAGUUGAGUGUGGGUGGACAAGAUUUGCUGUGUGAUGUGAUGCCACCUGGUGUGUAAAUACAGUAGUACAGUACAAAUCGGAUGUGAAUUUCAAACAGCUCAUAAUGUGGCUCUCCAUUACAUCGCUGGUAUAAAAUGUUGUCUUUCACCAUGGGGAGGUAUCUACAGUCUAUUGCAAAUUAGAUGCAGUUGAACUUUUUUUCUGCUUUUUGUGUUAUUUCUGUUGUAUUUCUAUGAUCUCUAUUCACAUUGCUUACUUUUUACUCACUUAAUGUAUUUCCUAAAACUGAUAAUAAGGAAACAAUGAGGUGUUACCAAAAGCUGUUUUGCAAUUUGUACAAGUUUGUUUGAAAGUCUGUAAAUUCAAUAAAAUGGAUGAAAACCAAAA